AUGGCUGCCCAAAUCCGCAAGCGUAAUGCAGCAACAUGUCACAUGUGGAAACGUUUACACUCAGCUUAUCACUGCCGUCCAGGUUAUAAACAACCAAGCGACUUCGUGAUCCGUCAAAUUCCGGAUCGUCUGAUUCCCGGAUUGCUUGAAUUACAAUACUAUCAGCAAGAGAUUCGCAGAUUGCGAGCAAUCCAAGUAAGUUUCAUCUAUCUGAUCUAG